AUGAGGGAUGCGCUGUUAUCACAGCCCAAAGACACAGCAUGGGUUGUAGCUACUGGAACCCUUACCAAUGUAGCCAUUCUGUUCGCUACCUUUCCUGAAGUUGCAGAACAUGUCCGUGGUGUUAGUAUCAUGGGUGGUGCCGUUGGUGGAGGCUUUUCAAGUGUCCCCAUCAGCCAAAAACAAGGAGAUGAGUCAAGAGUUGGAAAUAUAACUCCCUGGGCGGAGUUCAAUAUAUACUGUGACCCGGAAUCGGCAGAGUCGAUUUUCUCGUCCCCAGUCCUGGCGCCAAAGACCACACUGGUGACUGUCGAUUUGACGCAUCAAGUACUGGCUACAAAAGCUGUGCAAUCACGCAUUCUGGGCGUCAAGGACGAAGCCGGAGAGAAACCAAACCCUACAGUCCUUCGACAAAUCCUUCAUGCAUUACUAAUGUUCUUUGCCGGGACUUACGAUACUGUUUUUGGAAUAAGCGCUGGCCCGCCUCUCCAUGAUCCUCUUGCAGUCGCCAUUUUGCUGUCCAACCUCAACGACCAAGCUAAGACGGCAGCUAACCUUAAGGAACAACUGGCAUUUGACGACGCAAACGGCAGGAGAUAUGAUGUUUCUAUCCACACAGAUGGACUUCAUCACUGUGUUGAAGGUGCCGACUUGCAAGGUGAAAUUGGCCGUACAUUUGUCAAAUCGUGUCCUGCGGGAGCAAAGGGAGUCACCAUUCCGCAGAGCCUCGACGUUGAUAAGUUUUGGGAAACGAUUUAUGAUUGCUUGGAUCGUGCUGAUCAAUGGAACCUGGAACGGACUCGAACGACCUGA